GUUCGUUGAAACAAGUCCAAGUGGUACCGUGUGCAACCCGAGUGUAGCGCCUUGUAUUGGAGGAUUCGCACGCUUGGCUACCGUUGUUCGCCAGUCUCUAGAGCGGGAGCCCGAUUCUUUGCUGCUCAACGGCGGGGACAGUUUUCAGGGAACCAUAUGGUACAACCUCCUCAGAUGGAAUGUUACUCAAGACUUUAUGAACAUGCUACCCCAUGAUGCUCACGUACUAGGCAAUCAUGAAUUCGACAAUGGCAUCGAAGGUGUAGUCCCUUAUCUCAAAGCGUUGAAUUCAACCGUGGUUACUGCUAAUAUUAUAGACGACGAUGAACCAACGAUACAAGGCUUGUACAAGCCCAGCGUGAUUGUGGAACGAGGUGAACGCAAAAUUGGAAUUAUUGGAGUCAUCAUCGCUACUACUGAUCAAUUGGCUUCAACUGGUGAUCUCAAAUUCACAAACGAAGUGGAAACCGUAAGACGUGAAGCUGAAAAACUGAACGCACAAAGAGUAAACAUUAUUAUUGUCUUGUCGCAUUGUGGCAUUGACACUGAUCGAGAAAUAGCACAGCAUGCAGGACCUUACGUAGAUAUAAUUGUCGGUGGUCAUAGCCACACACUUUUGUAUAACGGUGAACCUCCAGAAGAAAGCGGUUUCACUCCACGAGGGCCAUAUCCUGUAGUAGUAGAACUAGAGACAAGAUCUGUGCUAAUAGUGCAGGCAGCGGCACACACACAGUACCUUGGCGAAAUCAAGCUUUUCUUUGACGACGCUGGCAAUCUUCUGAGUUGGGGGGGACACCCUCAUUACAUUGGAAAUGAAAUCGAACAAGCUGAAGAUGUCUUGGAAAAAAUUAACCAAUACCUGCCCGAGAUUGAAGAGCUAGCGUCGAGGGAAGUGGGCUCGUCCUUGGUCCAUUUGUCUUCGGACUGUGCUUGCCAAGAAUGCAACCUUGGCAGUUUCAUAUGUGACGCUUUCAUGCAUGCGGCAAUGAAUAAAUCACAAGGAGAUAACUGGAGCUACGCACAUUUUUGCAUCAUGAACCAAGGAGGCGUUAGAACCAGCAUGAACCCUGGUGUAAUAACAGUCGAAACGGUAUUGCUUUCGACUCCGUUUGAGAACAACGUGGAAGUGUUUGAACUGCGCGGUGACCACAUCGUAGAAAUGCUAGAAUUUUCUGUUAUGAAUGAACCAUUCAAUGGGGCAAGGAUGCUGCAAAUUGCAGGUUUGCGACCUAUCUUCGACGGUUCCCGGCCCGUUUCCCAACGGGUUGUCAGCGUCUCCGUGCGGUGCAUCGAAUGUGACAUCCCCAGAUACGAGCCGCUGCAACUCGACAAAUAUUAUAAAGUCGUCUCUCAAAGUUUCCUUGGCAAUGGUGGCGAUGGAUUUUCUGUGAGUUGGUUGUACCGCAUGCGAUAUUCAGUGCUCUUCGUUUUUUACUCGACUUGGCUUGUUUUCCUGGACUGUUUCUUCCUAUUCGUGACUGUGCUUGUUUACUGGACUUUGAUUUGUGCUUCUGAUUUGGAACUGUUGAAGAUGACGACCUACACGAAUGAAGAAUAUGCCGAUAUGUUAAUUUGUUACGGGUACUGCAAUUGUGUAUCCCUACGAGCUCGUAAUGAGUACAUAACACGUUAUCCCGGCCGCCGAGUACCGGAUAUUAGUGUAUUCGAGGGAGUUUACCGACGACUUAGAGAGACUGGCUCUGUUUUGAGAAGACGAACAGACCUAGGUAGACCACGUGUUAAUGAUGAUGAUGAAGAACAGGAUAAUGAGAUAGUUCGACGGUUUCGCCGGGAUCCAACUACUUCAACCAAUAUUAUUGCCCGAGAACUUGGACUCUCACAAUGGAAAGUGUGGCAUACGGUGCAUACUGCCGGUCUCUACCCCUAUCACUACACGCCAGUACAUCAUAUCGAAGAAGGAGAUCCUGUGAGAAGGCUGGAUUUCUGCCGAUUUAUGCUGCACGCCGAUUUGGACGAUCCUGAAUUUUUGAGAAGAAUCUUAUGGACAGAUGAGUCAAAAUUUGAUCAAGAUGGCAUUACCAAUUAUCAUAACCUUCAUUAUUGGUCUCCGAAGGCACAAUUAAAUCCCAAUAAAAAGCAGGUAAAGGGAUCACAAAGACGAUUCAGCCUCAACGUGUGGAUGGGAAUAGUUUCCAACUAUUUAAUUGGGCCUUUCUUUCUGCCUGAACGUUUGUAUGGAGAAACAUAUGAAAACUUUUUGAGACAAGAUCUAUCUGAUUUACUCGACGAUAUACCACUUGACCUUAUACGAGACAUGUGGUUCCAACACGACGGAUGCCCCGCACACUACAGAAGAAGUGUCAGAGAGUGGCUAGACACUAAUUACCCAAACAAAUGGAUCGGAAGAGGCGGACCCACUCCAUGGCCAGCUAGGAGUCCAGACUUGACUCCCAUGGAUUUUUAUGUUUGGGGACACAUGAAAAGUUUGGUGUACAAUGAUACAAACCCAAUAAUAUCCGUCGAUGUUUUGAGACAAAAAAUUAUUGAUGCCGCAAACGAAAUUAGAAGAAUCCUAACCACGAGUGUAGUGAAAAGUGGCUUAAGACACAGAAUGCGA